AUGAUAAAUCAAUCACCCGACGAUCCUUUUACGCAGGAAAUCCAGCGACUUAGGGCUGAUUACGAGGAGAAAAAAGGGCGGUCUAACUUGGGUUCUGCUGGAGGCCGACGGCUAAUCGACCUCAGCUUGGGAUUGAUUGACGGCGAGUCCUGCUACACUUAUUGGUACGAGCAUCAAUGUAUCCGACUAGCUGAUAUCACCGGUACUAUCUCUGGUGAUAUUCUUCGCCUACAACAAAAUCUGCCCGACUCAGUCGACAACGGCGAUCAUGAAAUUAUCGGUGACCAAGUACGCCCCCUCGUGAAUGUACCACCGCUUCCAGAGCUAGAUGAUGACUCCGAGGAACUUGAUACAAUCCUUGCCAUGCUCCCAAUUGUUGAAUUCGAUCCCAGCAAACAUUUUAUUAAAAAAGGCAAAUAUAAGAGUGAAAUCAGCAAUCUGCUCGAAUGCCAAGGUGGAUCUUGUCCGGGCGUCCCAAAAUCAUCCCACAUCAUUCAAUUACUAGGAAAGUCACCCGAAGGGAAUCUGGUUUUCGAAAAAUUCAAAUCUCGAUUCGUCCUAGGGUACAUUUAUACCCUGGAUAUAUACAAAGACUGGCUUUUGCAGAUAAUCUCCGGAAUGAAGACUCUUCAUUCCCUUGGGAUUAUUCAUCGUGACCUUCGCAUCGACAAUAUUAUCUUUUCCUCUGACACAUCCCGUGUGCUUAUCUGUGAUCUCGAGGGUCGUUGGGGAAAUCGUCUGGCUCCUGAGGUUUCUCGCGAGCCGGUGUUGGACGCUGGCUGGACUACGAAAUCAGAUAUCUAUGACCUCGGAUAUCUUAUAAAAGGCAUGAUAUACGGGAACGUACCGGUAACGAUGGCGGUGGAAUGGCCUGUUCCCAAUCCUCUUGCUGCUGUUGUGGAAGCCUGUACGCGCAAUAAGCCUGAAGAGCGACCCUGUUUGGAUGAUCUAUACGCUAUGCUUGAGAAGAUCGAGAUUACUACUUGA